AUGACCAACCUCACGGCAGUAUCUGUCUUCAUCCUCCGAGGCUUCUCAGCCGUCCCUGAGUUACGGCUCCUUAGUGUGGCUGCCUUCUUUCUCAUAUAUGUUGCUGCAGCGAUAGGGAACAUCUCCAUCGUGGCUGCUGUGACACUGGACGUUCGCCUGCACAUGCCCAUGUACUUCUUCCUCAAACACCUCUCCCUGGUGGACAUCUGCUCCAUGUCCACCACUCUGCCUCGGGCCCUGAUGGCUGCCAUGGUGGGCUCUGAGGAGAUUUCCCUCCCUGCCUGUGUAUCUCAACUCUUCGCCUUUGUCUGCUUUGGAUCCGUGGAGUGUUUUCUCAUCACUUCCAUGGCUUAUGACCGCUGCCUGGCCAUCUACAGGCCCCUGGUGUAUGGGGAAGCCAUGAGCCCCCAGACCUGCAUCUCCCUGGUGCUGGUGGCCUGGGGCAGUGGGCUCCUCUUCUCCACCUUUCACACAGCCAACACCUUCUCCCUGCCCUUCUGUGGCCCCAGUGUGAUUGACCACUUCUUCUGCGACAUCCCUCCCCUCAUGCACCUGGCCUGUGCCAGCACAGAUGUCCAUGAGGCUACUGGAUUUGCAGCCAGUGGCUGCGUCAUUGUGAGCUGCUUCGCCCUCACCAUCCUCUCCUAUGUCCGCAUCUUGGCCACUGUGGUCCAGAUCCGCUCAGCAGCUGGCCGCUGGAAGGCCUUCUCCACCUGCUCGUCCCACCUGGCCACGGUGCUCCUGUUUUAUGGCACCGGCAGCUCUGCCUACAUGUGUCCCACUGCCCGCUACUCCCCGCUGCAAGGGCGCCUGGCUGCAGUCUUCUACUCCAUCCUCACGCCCAGCCUGAACCCCCUCAUCUACAGCCUGAGGAACAAAGACAUGAAAAGGGCCCUGCAGAAGCUCUACCUCCAGGUACCAUCAUAG